UCGAUUAGUUUUGUUGGCAAGCUGCUUGCGCCGCUGACUCCUCGACGCGGCUCCGAUGAUUCUUCUCUGAACUUCGUUUUUGAGGCGGCAUCCACACUUUUCCCGAGCACCCUAGGUAUAGGAACUGGAAAGGAGAGCUCAGGACCCCCCAGAAUUGACGACCUUGUCACUGUGGCGGCUGAACAAGAUGCUACGCCGGGAACGCUCGAGGAGCCUCAAAUGAACGCGAAGAAGAAAUCUCUCAUACAUGCGAUGAAGAAGGCAGGAUCUAGGGCUGCGAGGAAGUUGGCAUCGAGGAGCUGGGGCAGGCACCAUUCCCGCCUGACCAGUGCCGCAGAUGUCCAAGCCGUCUUCGACGAACCUACCCCCAAGCCAGCUAUCAGCCAUGCCUCCGAGAGUAACUGUGACCAAACAUCCACUGGCGCCAACGUCGCAAUGGAAGAGGUCUCAAACGGUUCUACAGAUUCUCUGACGGCGGUACACGGCUCACCUGAGACCAAGUGCUUUGAGUCACCCCCGAUCCUCUGCGCUCGAGACUCCGUUCUCGUCGCUAGGUGUCAAGAAACUCGAGUUCGACUGCCACUUGACGAAGGCUUUCCCCCGAUGCGGUUCACCGUCUUCCGAUUCUGCCUUCAGAUGCUACUGUUCAUCCCUUACGUGGUGCUUGUUGGUUUCCUCCCGUUCCUGGCGCCCACAUGCCUCUCGCGCGUUACCUUCAAUUCCUUCCUUCGCUUCACCAUCCGACCUGCAGAACCGAUGGAGGUCUUCGCCCAGUACUCGCGCCAGCUUCCCUGGCACGUCGGUGUCGCCCUCGGCCUGCUGUUCGUCGCCACCAGGGCCCUUGGAAAGGCGUAUCCUGGCCUUGCGGUCGCGCUCAUGGCCGCCCUGAUCGGUCGUACGAUGUGGGCCUGGGGCGACUUUGACUCGACACUUGACGUGGGUGACGCAUGUUUGGGAAUCGACGACCGGGCGACGAUCUGGUGGCUGCUCAGGGGAUUUGUGCUCGGGGAUCUGGUCUGCUCGAUGGACGACUUCCGCAAGUGGUAUGUGGACGAAAAGGACAUUGACAGUGGCGAGGAGGACGGCGAGAUGGAAACGCUCGAGCGGAAAGACAGCUCCGGCAAGAUUGACUUCGGUAUCCGGCUAAGGAAUAGGCCGCAGGAGUGUUUCCGAAUUGUGGCAGACUGCGAGGAGUCCUUCUAGAUAUCCCCUUUGAACCAAGCGGGACUUGUGCGGGCACUCUGUCCACCACGCUACCUGGCCUCUGUUCAUCUUACCAAUACCAAGUUGUUCCGCCCUGUGCUCUCAUGUUUUUGCUGAACCUUUUCAAGUCGGUGGUGGUGGAUGUCUAACGCACGAUCGCCUCUCCAGUCCCCCGGGAGGAGUGUCGCCAUUUGCGGAUUCGGAAAUAUCAGGGGCAUGCAGAGUGCUCUGACGGUGUAGUCGGAUUCUAUAACGAGCUGUUGUAAAGGUUUCUAGUAUCACCGACGAGGCAACUGGAGGACGCUAAGCGCAUCAUGAGGACCUACGUCUCGAUCGAAGAGUCCAUGUGUGACGAAGAUGAAACGCCGUCAAGCACGUUGAUUCCGAGUGAUGCAGACUGGCCAAGAGCAGCACUGCUGUACUCCUGUACCAGCGUAGCGUCUCUCGACGCGUUAGACCCUCUGUCUUCGCCAUGGACCCCAAGCUGACGUUUCUCCUCCUCUCGCAGACGAUCGUGAGCCCGCCACUCCCGCAAAGCGAGAACUGGAGGGAGGAGCGUACGUCGGGACGGACCAAUGGGCGUCUCUCAUUUGAAGAGCAAAAUAUGUUUCUUCCGUUGAAGGUCUCACGGACAACGUGUUAACAGAUAGCGUCGGCUUUCCUGAUGUGCGACUGUGGUUGACAGGUAGUAAUGGUAUGUGAUUAGGCAAAGGCAUAUAUCCAUAUCUGACGUAGAUUUUCAACAUUUCCGUCGUUGCCGGAACGCAGACUUCCAGCUUGCAACUUAGCCCCACGCGAGAUCUCCCAGACAACUUAUCUAAUCAGCCGACGAUCGACUUUGAUAGCAUUGCUGAGCGCCAAUCUGAUCAAGGCUCCAGAUCCGGCGAUGACAUGACCGACCGCGCA